AUGGAAACUCUUGAGACCAAACGUCGUCCUUACACGUGGAAGACUGUUUUCAUAUGUAUAGGUGCUGCCUGGGCUUCCGCCGCGAUGGGCUAUGCCGCCAACAUCGGCACAACCCUUGGCCAGCCUUCAUUCAUCAAGCACAUGCACCUAGACACUGCAUCCAAUGCCUCCGGCCUGUUGGGAGCGAUCAAUGGACUUUAUUAUGCCGGCGCUUUCAUUGGAGCCCUGUGCGCCGGCCCUUUCUCUAACCGAUAUGGGAGGAAGGUUGCGAUCGGGACUGGAGUCGUUUUUAUUCUGGUCUCGAAUGCCUUGCUGGCGGCCUCCGUGGAUACAGCCAUGUUCAUUGCUUUUCGCUUUUUCCAAGGAUUUGGCUGUGCGGUCCAACUGACCCAAGUGCCUUUGUACAUUUCGGAAAUCGUUCCUCCAAAAGAUCGUGGCGUUUUAUGCGAUCUGCAUGCCAUUUUCCUCAACGUUGGGAACAUCACCUCAGCCUACAUCGGCGUCGGGUUCUUCUACGACAAAUCCCAGACGCUGAACGAGUGGACAGCGCCGACCGCACUAGGAUGCCUCUACUGUGUUUUCAGCCUGGUCAGCCUGUGGUUCAUACCCGAGAGCCCACGAUACCUGCUUUUGCGUGGAAAGCCUGAGCAAGCUUGGGAAAUUGUUCGAACGCUUCAUCACGGGGCUCACGACCACGACGAGACAUUUGCUCAAAAUGAAUUCCGACUCAUGCGGACCCAGACAGAGUACGAGCGGAUGCACAAAAUGUCCUUCUUGCAAAUGCUGAAAAGGCCGUCCUACCGGAAGCGAGUGGGAAUUGCCUGUGGCCUCCCAUUCUUGGCCAUCAGCUCUGGUGUGUUGGUUAUCAAUAACUACGGCGCUCUACUUUACGCCGGCUUGGGUAUGGAUGCCGAGCAGCAAAUCCAACUGCAAGCCGGCUGGCUUGCCGUCUCUUUCACCAUGAACACUCUGGCAGUUUUGGUUGUUGAACGCCUACCUCGACCCCAUCUCAUGAGCAUCGGUAUGGGAGGCGCCUGCUGUGCUCUGAUCAUCGAGUGCGCCAUCCAGGCUGUCUAUUUGGGAUCCGAUCACAAAGCUGCACUGGCGGCCGGGGUAGCCAUGCUCUAUGUCUUCGUCUUCUUCUUUGCCGGAUUCCUGGAUGGCCCCAUGUAUUUCUACGCCGCCGAGAUCUUCCCGACCCAUCUUCGAGCUCAGGCAACAAGCAUGGCCAUGGCUAGCUUCUGUUUAUCAAACAUUAUCUGGCUGCAGGCGGCCCCUACCGCGUUUGCCAACAUCGGCUGGCACUAUUACCUGAUCUUUAUCAUCCUCGCCGCAGUUGGCACCGCGUUGGUGUUUUUCACUUUUCCGGACACGCGGAACUUGGCUCUUGAGGAGGUUGCUCGUCUGUUUGGCGACGAAGUCUACGAUGGACCCGAGCUUAAUUCUCCGUCUGUGGUGCUAGAGGAGAAGACACCAGCAACUGAGCAGUUUGAGAAUACCAAUGCUUAG